AUGGAGACGCCCUACACCGACCACUUGAGCCUGGAGGACUUCGAGCAGGUCUACGAACCAGCGGAGGAUUCCUUUCUGCUGUUGGAUGCAUUGGAGAAGGAUCUGGACUACCUCGCAGAACUGCAACCGCAUCUUUGCGUGGAAAUAGGUUCGGGCUCCGGGGUGAUUAUCACGGCUUUGGCCAAGAAACUGGCUAGCUUUUCCCUAUGUCUGGCCACGGAUAUCAAUCCCAAAGCCUGCAAUGCCACAAGAAGAACGGCCGUCCGGAAUGGAGCGCGCUUGGACAGCAUUCGCUGCAAUCUAGCGGAUGCACUGCGUCCGCAAUCCGUAGACGUGCUGCUCUUCAAUCCCCCCUAUGUGGUCACCAGCGAUGAGGAGCUGCAAACACAACAGUUCGAUUCCCACGUCGAAUCCUCGACGGAUCCCAAUCUGGUCUUCUCCUGGGCCGGUGGACAGGAUGGGCGACGCGUUACGGACAUUUUGCUGAAGCAACUGGAUGACAUUCUUUCUCCCCGGGGCGUUCUCUACAUACUCCUCCUGCGGGAGAACAAGCCCGACGAGAUUAUCAAAUACUUAGAGGACCUUAAUUUCCAGGCGGUUAGGUUUAUGGAGCGACGCAUUCCUGGCGAGCAUCUUUACAUCCUGAAGGUCACCAGGACCUCCUACUCCUCAUCAUGACUCGUGCAAUAAACUCGUUCGACUGGAAUAUCAAAAACUAGUUAUAUUUUAAUUAAAAGGUAACCUCUUUAAAGUUAAGGUUUACAUUUGAUACUUUUAUUAAAUAAUACGCAAAUACAUUUUAAUUAAAGUUGAACUAAUUGAA